GGCGCUACAGGCGCGGGGGGAGGGUUUCCAUCCGGGUCAACUGUCGUGGCCGUUUAGCACAGCGUCGCUGCUGGUGAGCAGGUGACUGAUCUUCCAGCAUUAGAUUUGAUCAUCCAUGCAGGAAAUCAGUUUCCAACAUGAGACUGUGCUGUCAGAUGUUCACAUGCUCCGCCCCGGUGGACGCCACCUUAUGACACACCUCAACAACGUUGGUCAACCUGUCUUCGUGUCUAGGUUCGUGAUCCUGGCAGAAAGAUGUGACGAGCCAGGGAGUGCCUUAAAACAUGAAAGUGAAACCAGCCAAACAGUCAAACAAGCCACUGAAGAGCCUGAUGGAGAGGACAGAAAAGUAGAGCCGCUCUUGGAUUUCGAUGGAGAUCUUGACAUAAUACAUCGACCUCGGCCAAACCUUACAGAGGGCAGCAGUCGGGACUGGACUCGCCCAGUAGUUCUCAAACAGUCUAAUGAUGCAAUGGAACAAGAAGAAGAGGGUCACUGGUUAAAAGAUGUUAUAAAGAUUGUGGGCUCGUCACAGCAACACAGGCAGAGUAGAUGAUAAAUGCUCUGGGACUUCAGGCCUGCCUGGUGGAAUACAGUCUGGCAGUGCAGCUGAAGGGAAGCCUGGCAGAGCAGGUGUAAAGGUGACUUCAGGUGUGACUGGCCAGACAGGAUCAGAGAGGUGCAGCCUGCUGGAGGCAGUGAGCAGCUACACUGCUACAUGCACAGAGGAUGCCACUGUGAGACCAUCACUGCAUGUGUCGACGAGAAACCCUGGAUUACCAGUGAGGUGCGCUCACUGCUGACAGCCCGAGAUGCAGCUUUAAGUGCAGGGGAUGAGACUGCGAAACGCACCUUUGCAGAGAGAGUCCAGGGACACCUCUGUGAGACAGGAAACAUCAGCAUAGUGCUGUGAGCAAAGAAAACAGUUGUAUCCUGUCUGAAUGAUA